UGUAUCGGGUAAAUGAACUAUUCGGAAGGUGUGUUUGUGUUUUGUAUACCGUCCUGAACGGUGGAAGGUGUUCAGGCCUUGGGUACAUCGGAACUGGGACAGCAGGACCACUAGGGAAAACAGUAACCUGUUCCGGCAAACCGGCACUGAGCAGCAGCCUCAGACGAGGAAGGGGAAGUUUAAAAAAAAGAUUUUUCCAGCAGGAAGUGAUCAAAAAAUUGGCAAAAAUGCUGGAGACGAUUGGGGGACGAGUGCUAGAAGUGUACAACAAACUUCUAGCAGGAACAGAUCCACGGCUGAGAGGCUACCCGCUGAUGGAGAGUCCAGUCAACAUGACCGCUAUUCUGCUCGGCUAUCUUUUCUUUGUACUGUACGCAGGUCCUCGGCUAAUGGCCAACCGCAAACCCUUUGAGCUUAAGGGGCCUAUGAUUAUCUACAACUUCUGCUUGGUUUUUCUGUCUAGUUUCAUUGUUUUUGAGUUCUUAAUGUCAGGAUGGCUUACAGGAUACACGUGGAGAUGCGACCCUUGUGAUUAUUCUGAAAGCCCUCAAGGACUAAGGAUGGUCAGAGUGGCCUGGCUGUUUCUUUUCUCAAAGUUCAUUGAACUUUUAGAUACAGUGUUUUUUGUUCUGCGUAAAAAACACAGCCAAAUUACUUUCCUGCACAUUUUCCACCAUUCUUUCAUGCCCUGGACCUGGUGGUGGGGAGUCAGCUAUGCUCCUGGUGGAAUGGGCUCCUUCCAUGCCAUGGUCAACUCUGUUGUCCAUGUUAUCAUGUACUUCUACUAUGGCCUUUCUGCUGCAGGACCUCGCUUUCAGAAGUACCUCUGGUGGAAGAAGUACAUGACAGCCAUUCAACUGGUGCAGUUUGUGCUGGUGUCCCUUCAUGCUACACAGUAUUACUUCAUGAACAGCUGUGAUUACCAGGUGCCCAUCAUCAUCCACCUCAUCUGGAUGUACGGCACCUUCUUCUUCAUCCUGUUCUCUAACUUCUGGUACCAAGCAUAUGUGAAAGGGAAGCGGCUGCCCAAGAACAACGAACAGCCAACUAAAAAUGGCAAAGCUCUGUCCAACGGCGCCACUCGAUUUGCUAAUGGUGCCUCAUCAGUUCAUAAUGGCAACGGCGUGCAUUGUGAGAACGGCCUGAGCAACGGCAAAAAGCACUUUGAAAAUGGAAGUGCCCAGAAAGAUAAAAUGAAGAAAGCCUAAAGGGUUGAGAGAAGAAUUGCUAAAACGUAUAACCACGAGUGCCUGCACAAAAUGCCAUUAAUUUCAAAGAGUGUUUCGGGACUGUUUUUUUUUUUUUUUCUCCAUACCCUUUAUUUUGUCAUUUUAAUAUGCACAAAUCUAUGGGGAGAUGAAUGAGUCUGGGAUCCCUGUUUGUGUGUGUUACUUGUUUCUGUAACAUUUUAAUUGUUAAUCUAAAGAGAAUAAAUACUGAGCACAAUGUAUGAAGAGAAGAGAUUAGAUGAUGUCUGGAUGCGUUCUUCACUGAUGUUUCUCACUUGAAGUGAAUGAAGUCCUUUACUCAGACUCCCCCAGUAACAAACAGCACUGUACAGUUCUCCCAAGACAACUUGAGUUCUUGAUGUAAAUACUGUAGGUUUACUGUCAGAACUAAUGGGAUUUAUAGGGUUACAAAGUUCUGUUACUGAACUAUAUUGAUUUGAUAUCAAAAUAAAUUCCAUUUUAAAACAA